UCGGAGCUAACAAACCAGACCGAUACAUAAAUUCCAUUGUGACAGAUACCAUUUAAUUGAGUAAAGAUUUAUUUAUAGUAACCUUAUUGUAAUAUCAUUAGUCAUUUACACCUGACAUUUUUAAGUAUGUCUGAAGAAAAUAUGGUUCAUAAGCGUAGAUUAGAAGAAGAAGAAGAAGUUAAUCAUGAGGAUUUUAAGAAGAGAUCCAAAACUGAAAGUGAUUCAGAAGGGGAAGGAAAUGGAACUAUCUAUGAUGAUUUGAAGUUUUUAAAAUCAAGUAUAACUCAAGAGAUCAGUCGUGGAUUUGAAUUAAAGUUUACAGCUUUAGAAAAUGAAAUUCAUGGGUUGAAACAAGAAAUUGCAGCUUUAAGGAAAAAUAGUAAUAAUACUGCAACUACUGCAACUACUGCAACUACUACCCCAACUACUACUAAACCUAUUGCUACCGGUAUACAGUGGUUAGCAUCAGACGAUGAAUCGAAUAAAAAGGACGAUAAUGUUACAAUACCUUCAACUCAAAAGAUUCCACCUGCACUUCCACCUCGAGCAACAUUUGGAUCAAGUCUGAUUCAAGUUAAAGAUUCUAAUUUUACAACUCCUACUAAUUCAUUCAAUGACCCUGUAACGACUCCAAGUACUCAAGAAAUUACUCCUAAAGUUUCAACUUCAAAACCUGUCUUUGGAUCUACUACUUCAUUUGGUAGAUCAAUAAUGGAUAAUCUUAAGAAUAAACCAAAUGUAUUUGAUUCACCAACUAAUUCACAUUCUACUAAUAAUUCUAAUAAUUUAUUAGAUGAAAAAUCUCAAACUAGUAUAUCAUCAUCAUUUGGUUCAAAUAGUAAAUUCACUAAUGCAUUUCAAAAUUCACUUACAAAGAAAUCAUUUCUUGAUACUGAUGGUAAAGAUUCAAAUAAUGAAAAUAAUUCAAAUGGAAGUGGUAUUAAUAAUGAAGGAAAUGAACUUUCAUCUAAAGCACCAUCAAUUCAACAAUUUAAACAAGUUGAUUUAGAACCAAUUAAAAAUGUAACUACAGGAGAAGAAGAUGAAAUAUCACAUUUUUCAGCUACUGCUAAAUUAUUUGAAUUAGAUUUAACAAAUAUUUCUGAAGGUUGGAAAGAAAGAGGUUUAGGUCCAUUACAUUUAAAUCAAUCUAAAGCUGAUAAAUCUAAAAUCAGAUUAGUUAUGAGAUCUCAAGGAUUAUUAAGAGUUGUAUUAAAUCAUGGUAUAAAAUCAGAUACUGAAUUUUUUAAAGGAUUAGAAGCCAGUUUAACUCCAGGAAAAUUUCUUAGAUUAAAUGGAAUAAAAGAAGAAGGUACACCUGUUCAAUAUUUACUUAAAUUCUCCAAUCAAAAUGUUAGAGACGGUUUAAUAGAUAAAGCAGAAGAAUUGAAGAAAGAUUUAUAAUAAUAAUAAUUAUAAUAAUAAUAAGUAUCAAUCUA